AUGAUCGUUUUGAGAAGCUCCGAUGGAGAGACCUUUGAGGUCGAUAAGGCGGUGGCGCUGGAAUCACAGACCAUUAAGCAUAUGAUAGAGGACAACUGCGCUGACACCAGCAUCCCUCUUCCCAACAUUACUAGCAAGAUCUUAGCCCUGGUCAUUGAAUACUGCAAGCGCCAUUUGGAGGUUGCUAAAGUUGAGGAUAAGAUUGCUGAAGAGGAUCUCAAGACUUUUGAUGCUGAAUUCGUUAAAGUUGAUCAGAGCACCCUUUUCAAUCUCAUUCUAGCUGUCAACUAUUUGAACAUCAAGAGCUUGAUGGAUCUGACAUGUCAGACAGUAGCAGAGAUGAUCAAGGGAAAGACGCCUGAAGAGAUACGAAAGACAUUCAACAUCAAGAAUGACUUCACUCCUGAAGAAGAGGAAGAAGUCCGGAGGGAGAAUGCCUGGGCAUUCGAGUGA